AUGACAAAGGCUAAGCAUUCAAAUAUUUUGGCACCAGAUAUCUUGAACUCCUCAAUCUUCACUAGCCAUGCUGUUUGUGACCAAACAGUUGAAUUGCUGAAAGCUAUUACUAGUCGUUUCAAAACUCUUUUCGACCUACUUAAGGUUCAACUAAAGAAGUGUCCAUCUAUUGACAAUGAAAAGGCCCUAAAGAAGCUUCUGAAUUUAUACGAUAGUGGAGCUUUGGUAAAUCUACUUGUAAUGGGGUUUAAUAUCUUCUUGAAUCAACAUAUUUAUGGAAAACUGGUCCUCUCGUCUAUCUUAUUCCUCUCCUUUUUCAUACUGAGUUGUCUAGGCUUAAUCGUGUUAAACAAGCUGAAAGUAGAAUCGGCUUCCAGCUUUACAAAACAGUGCCGCCCUAUACAGGAACCGCUAACCUCUCAUAUUCAAGAGUCCAUUGAUGUUUCUAUCGACUUGAAAAACUUUAUUCCGAAAGUUUCUCCUAAUUCUGGAGAGAUCCCAAACAAUUUAGAGUUGCAAUCAAUUGAAAUUGAAAAAACUACCCAAUUUUCAGAUGAAGAAAAAAAACAAACGGUAGAAAGAGUUCGAUUAGUUUACCGAAGAUUGAAUCAAAGUGUAUUUUGGUCUCUCUACCGAUUGAUACUAAAAGGCAACCAAGAAACGUUAUUGAGGAAGUUUAAUCUUGAAAAAUGA